AUGAGCGCUCUCGUCCAGUCCAAGCCUCUGCCCCGCGGCCACGCCAUCCCGAGCCUGGCACUGGGCGUGUUCCAGAGCACUGCUGGGCCAGAAACCUACGACGCCGUGCUGACGGCGCUCAAGCUCGGCUGCCGCCACAUCGACACGGCCACGGGCUACGAGAGCGAAGGCGACGAGGUUUUCGUGGCCACCAAGUACUUCGAGGUCUCGUGGGUCCCGUGGUCGACCACGCCCAAGCAGCCGUGGAGCUACCAGGGAACCGUCGAUGCGGUUCGUGAGAGCAACCGCAAGCUCGGUCUUGACUACAUUGACCUCUACUUGCUGCACGCUCCCCGAGGGGCUCUUCGCGACAUUGGCGUCUCCAACUUUGACGAAGAGCAACUGCUCAAGCUGUCCAAGACCUGGCGCGUCAAGCCGGCAGUGAACCAGGUCAAGCUGCACCCGUGGCUGGCUCGCCCCGACACGGUCAAGUUUUGCGAGGAGCAGGGAAUCCUCAUGGAGGCGUACUCCCCUCUGGUGCGUGGCGAAAAGAUGGAGGACCCUGUCGUUUGGGAGAUAGCGAGCGGGCUGAACGCCUCUCCAGCGCAGGUGCUGCUCGCGUGGAGCCUGGCGAAGGGCUUUGUUGCGCCCAAGUCGGUCAAGGAGGCGCGUAUUAAGGAAAACCUGGAAUCCGCCAAGCUGAAGCUGUCAGCCGCCGAAAUGACGAAACUGGGCAGCCUUGAUGCCUACUACGUGACGGCCUGGGACCCGAUCAAGGAGCACGGGGUCUAA